AUGGCGUGCAUCCCGGCCACUGCCGCAGCCAGCUGGUACUCGACAACUCGGCCACCUGCUUCUCCGCAGGUUGUUCAGCGCGUUGAUGACUUGCGCAAAGUGGUCAACGAGCUCGACCGUCCGCUGGGCUUUGUCCCCACCAUGGGCGCGCUGCACGACGGCCACCUCUCGCUCGUUACUGCUGCCGGCGAGGCCUGCAACUCGGUGGUUGUCUCGAUCUUUGUCAAUCCGACUCAGUUCUCAGAGACCGAAGACUUUAGCGCAUAUCCGCGGACGCUCGACGGUGAUCUAGAGGCGCUCGAGAGGAACGGCGUGCCUGUGGACGUGGUGUGGGCGCCGACGGUCGAUGACAUGUACCCACACCUCGGCUCAGUGCAAGAGUCCGGCCGACUGCCAAGCCUGGCGACUCGCGGUGGGACGCUGGUGCGGACGGAGGGUGUGUCUGAUGGGCUGGAAGCUGCGUCACGGCCGCACUUUUUCGACGGUGUCUGCACUGUUGUUACCAAGCUGAUCAACGCCGUGAGCCCGGACGCCAUGUUUCUCGGUCAGAAGGACGCCCAGCAGUGCGCAGUCCUCCGCAAGAUGAGUCGCGAUCUGCUCCUCCCACUGGAGGUGGUGGUUGUGCCGACUGUGCGUGAGCCGUCCGGCCUCGCCCUCUCGUCGCGCAACGCGUACCUGACCGACGACGAGCGAGCGUCUGCCGCUGCCAUUUACCAAGCGCUCGAGCAUACGCGCGCAGCGCACGCUGCCGCACCCGACAAGCUCACGCCGUCGGCGAUCCGCGAAGACGUCGCUGCACGCAUCACUGCGGCCGGUGGUGAGCUCGACUACGUCGCAGCCUCGGAUCCGGAAACGCUGCAGGAUCUAGACUGCAACACGCCGGUGGAGAGAGCGCUUGUCUCGGUGGCGGUGUACUGGGGUGAGUCGCGAACGCGGCUGAUUGACAACAUGCACUUUAGCGCAGAGCAAAGUACGGGCUGA